CACUCCUCCGUCUCCGGCCACCCCACCAACCCAUUCGCCCUCUAGCUUCCACCACCCUCUGAUCAUAACACCCAAACACCUGCAUAACUGAUCACCACUUAGAUUCGCUCCAAAACCCUAACCUAGCUCUUUGUAUGAUGAGCCACAGAUUCAACCAACCGGAAGAAUCCGAACCCGUACCGGACUCUCCGUCCUCCGGUGAUGACAUCAAUACUGCAGCACCGUCUCCCAAGAAAAGGAAGGGGAUAAAGAAGAGGGUGGUGGUCGUACCGAUCGGUGACGUGGAGGGAUCUAGGAGCAAAGGCGAGACGUAUCCGCCGUCCGAUUCUUGGGCUUGGAGAAAGUACGGCCAGAAGCCCAUCAAAGGCUCUCCAUAUCCCAGGGGAUAUUACCGAUGUAGUAGUUCGAAGGGUUGUCCCGCCAGGAAACAAGUAGAGAGAAGCCGUGUGGACCCCACGAAGCUCGUCGUCACCUACGCUCACGACCACAACCACUCCGUCCCGCCUGGUAAGCUUCACUCCGCCACCUCCUCCUCCUCCUCCUCUGCAGCCACAUCAGCCGCUGCCGCUGACGUCAACGACGAUGUACCUACCGAAUUGGACUCUAAAGUCGAAUCGGAAGAGAAUCUCACCGUGUUCGCCAGCCAUCCCGAUCUAAAACUCGACAGCGACUCGGCUGUUCUGCUCGGCGACCACCAUGGCCAAUUCGGAUGGUUCGAUGACAUGGCCUCCACAACGAGAGUCCUGGAAAGCCCGAUCUUCGGCUGGGAGUUGGAGGAUAUGGCGUUGAUGACGAUGAGGGAGGAUGAAGACGAGUCGCUGUUCGCGGAUCUCGGCGAGCUGCCGGAAUGUUCUGUGGUUUUCCGGAAAAGGAAUAUUCCGAGAACGAGCGCAAUCCAGUGCGGUGGGAUCACAGGGUAACGUAAUAGGGCAGGGCCUUUUUCUUCGGUCUCUGUCCAGCACAGCUAGUGGUAAUAUACUAUUCGCCGCCUGAAAGUCGUGCGCAAUAGAAAAUGGGAAAAAAGAAAGUCAUAAAAAUUCUUUAAAUAAAAUAGUAUUUUACAAUUCAAGUCUCUUCUUUUCAUGCCCCUUGUUCUUGUACAUUUUGAUUAAUAAUAUUUAUGGUUAUGUCUUUUUCUUUUU